UUUCAACUGCUCACCGAGAAGACGUCACGAAGAUGUGCACUGCAACUGUUCUGCUUGCUCUUCUUCUGUUGGCGUGUGUCUCGACUGCACCCACUAACGAUAAGGGAGCUAAGAGUAGCCGGAAGCAAGGCCUUAUGCCAGCAGGGAAGCGCUCACUGUACGAAUUCAGACUGAUGAUUGAAUGUGAGACCGGGCGCAAUGCUUUCGACUUCAAUCGGUAUGGCUGUUGGUGUGGCAUGGGAGGCGGUGGGAACCCUGUGGACGAUAUCGAUGUCUGUUGUAUGGAGCAUGAUCAUUGUUACACGCAGGCUGAGUACCAUUGCACAUGGCCCGGGCAGAUCUACUGGGACUUAUACAGGCGCAUAGGAUGCAGCGAGUGCGAUGCAGGCAACAACUCCCCGUGCGAGCAAGCCUUAUGCGAGUGUGACGCACAGGCCGCAAGAUGCUUCAGGGAUAAUUUAAAUCAGUACGACGCAGGGUUUAAAAGCCAUCCAGUCGAGGCGUGCCAUGCAUGAUGAGCAGCUGUCAAUAAUCAGCAAGGGACCCAGGACUAACAACCAAUCAGAGCAUGAUAUAAUGAAUAAUCAGAAUCAAGAUAGCUAAGUCUGAAAACUCUGAAUUUUUUGUAGUAUUGUUGUAUGUAGUAAUGCUGUUGAUUCAAUAAAGUUGGAGAAAAAAUAGAAAUACCUUGUAAGAUUACAUAUUCGUGUGCUUUGGUAUGAUCAGAUUCAGAAUAGAUGUGAAUUGAAAUAAAAAUGCAGGGGUAAUUAAAACAUCAAGUGUUACAA